AUGACGUAUAAUCUAGUGGACGAAGAGGAAGAGAAAGAGGAAGGUGUAGUGUUUGGAGUGAAGAAGGAAGGAAAGGAGGAGACGGAAGGAGAGAGAUGUGACCUCCGUGGAUCCUCUGGGGAGCCUCAACAACAUCAUGAACCUGACGAGGCAGAGAAGAGUCUCUUCACAUCAGAACACCACAAGAAACACCAUCAGAGACCCACAGGAAAGAAACCUCACUGCUGCUCUGACUGUGGGAAACGUUUCAAAUCUUCAUCAGAAUUGAAAAAACACCAGCGAUUACACACAGGAGAGAAGCCUUAUAGCUGUAAUCAAUGUGGGAAGAGUUUUACUCAGUCAAGCCACCUGGUAUCACACAAGAGAACACACACAGGAGAGAAGCCUUAUAGCUGUGAUCAGUGUGGCAAGAGUUUUACUCAGUCAAGUAGCCUGGUAUCACACCAGAGAACACACACAGGAGAGCAGCCAUAUAGCUGUGAUCAGUGUGGCAAGGGUUUUACUCUGUCAACCAACCUGGUAUCACACCAGAGAACACACACAGGACAUCAGCCAUAUAGCUGUGAUGUAUGUGCAGACAGUUUUACUACAUCAAGCCAGCUGGUAGUACACCAGCGAGUACACACAGGAGAGAAACCUUAUAGCUGUAAUCAGUGUGGGAAGAGUUUUACUCAGUCAAACAGCCUGAAAUCACACCAGAGAACACACACGGGAGAGAAACCUUAUAGCUGUGAUCAAUGUGACAAGAGAUACUCUCAUUCAAGUAGUCUGAUUAAACAUCAGAAAAUACAUGCUGGAGAUCCACGGAGUGUGGAAUGAUCUCCAACACCAGACCUGGGUAGCAGAACACAGAGUGUGGAAUGAUCUCCAACACCAGACCUAUAUACAGUUGAAGUCAUAAGUUUACAUACACCUUAGCCAAACACAUUUAAACUCAGUUUUUCACAAUUCCUGACAUUUAAUCCUAAUAGAAAU